AUGGACAGUGAGAAACAUAGUCAAAGAUAUUCUCAAGCAGAUCUUGUUAAUGCUGUGAAUGAUGUGCAGACUAAAAGUAAAACAUUCAGGCAAGCACAGCAGGCCUACAAUGUUCCCAUUGCUGUCAUUUACCACAGAAUAAAAGGUAGAAAAAAUCCCAUAACUGUUUUGAAAGCAGGGCGCCGGCCUGCCUUACCUGCUGAUGUAGAAGACACUUUAGCAAAUUGUCUUAUUGCUCGUGCUAGAAUGGGCUGGCCUGCUGACGAGAAGGAGUUGUGUAGUUUGGUUGGCGAAUAUGUUACAUUGAUGGAUUUGAAAACACCUUUCACAUGA